AUGCAAGGCGUCAAUUCGCAGCAGGAGGUAGUUGCGACUGAAGAACUCGAUGAUCCGGUUGGAUUGGCUAUUUCAGGCGAUCGUAAUCCAGCUGAUCAGGACUUGUUAGGGGUGUCAGUGAGUUCUAUUGAUGAAGCAUAUGAGGUUUAUAAUGAUUAUGCUUUCAGUUAUUUAAAAGUUGAUGUACGGACAGGUUGUCGUGCAUCUGUUCAAUUUGAUUUAGAUGGGAAUGGGAUGUGGACUGUGACAAAGCACCAGAAGCUUCAUAAUCAUGAGUUUGUUCCAACGACCAAGAGUUAUCUUCUACGGUCACAUAGAUCAGUGUCUAGAAAUCAUCUUUCCUACCUAAAGGAUUUGAAGAAGAGCGGUGUUUGUGUGGCUGAUGGUUUGCGGUUUCUUAAAACACAAUCAGGGGGGUCACCACUCGUUGGUUUUACAAGCAGGGAUGCAUAUAACUCGCUGUGCACUGAUGUAUUGAACAAUUUGGAUGGAACCGACUCAAACACAUUAAUUGAAAUAUUUAGACAAAGGCAGUCAAGUGAAAAGGAUUUUUUCUUUGAUUUCGAAGUGGAUGAUGAGUCAAGGUUGUGCAGCUUUUUUUGGAGAGAUGGGAAAAUGAUGCGAGACUAUGAAUUGUUUGGAGAUUUGUUAGUUCACGAUACGACGUAUCAUACUAACAAAUAUGAUAUGAUUUGUGGUCCAUUCGUUGGUAUGAACCAUCACUGUAUGAACGUCAUGUUUGGAUGUGGUUUUUUGUUGAACGAGAGGAUUGAGUUGUUCGUAUGGUUGUUUAGGUCAUUUUUAAGAUCAAUGAAUGGGAAAAGUCCCCAAAGUAUAAUGACCGAUCAAUGCGCUGCCAUGGCUGCUGCUAUUUCCCAAAUACGGAGGCAGAGUUUGAGCUUUAUUGGACAAGUAUUGGUCACAACAUACAAAUGCCAUAAUAAUUCUUGGAUUGAAAAGCUGUAUCAAUGUAGAGAAAAAUGGUGCCCUGCAUUUAACAAAGAUUAUUUUUCUGGUGGUAUUUUAUCUUCACAAAGGAGUGAAACCACAAAUCACUCUAUUUCUAGAAGGUUAUCCAAGACUGUUGGGCUAUGUGAUUUCUAUAGCUCAUUUGUUGGUGUUGUUUCGGAGUGGAGGAGUAGAGAGAACGGGGAAGAUGUCCGGUGUUCCCAAGGUGUACCUACAAUGGCUAUGGAUCACAUUAAGAUUCUUUCACACGCUAGGGAUAUUUAUACGAUUGAGAUAUAUUACUUGUUCGAAGAGCAGUUUUUGAAAGGGGCAUCAUGCUAUCAAGAUUGCAAGCUGUUCACUGAAACCGGGAUCUUAUGCUGUCACUGUUUACGCAUUUUAAACGUGCAUUGUGUGUCUGAAGUUCCAAAUAAAUAUAUUCUGAAGAGAUGGACUAAAAGAGUUUUGGAAGACGAGAAUGCUGGUAUUGUCCCCCCAUCUCAGUGCUUUAAUGUUCCCUCUUCUGUUUGGACUUUAGAGAUCACUAGGAAAUUUCAGAAGUUGGUUGUUUAUUGCCAAGAAAACAACGAAGCACGCAAAAUUUUUGAGCAAGCAGUGUUAGAUGCCAAGAGAAAAGUUGAACAUGAGUAUGGCCCUAUUUUCUUCGAAGGUGAAGAUUGUGAUGUGGAAUCGUCUAGCGGUGUUAUAAAGGAUCCAUCAAACAGGCGGUUGAACGCAAUAGGAGGGUGA